AUGGGUGUUAUCACAAGUGCUCCAGACCCAGUUAUCAUUGAAUUAAAGGAAAUAAAAUCUUCUAAUUCGCCCUCUGAUAACGAUCAAAUAAAUUUCUAAUUUCCUGGGUGUUAAAAUUAACCCCUUUAUAGCAAGAUGAGAGCUUUUGCAUAAAAACAGUUCUAUUAUUAUGAAUAAUUAUUUUAAUAAAUCUUUAUUAAAGCUGCUAAUACUAACACCCUAACACCUUAAAAUUUAAUUUAUAAAAUCUUGCUUAUUCUAUAGUAAGGAGAGAUAUACACUUGAUUCACAAGAUUUCAACAGAGACUUAAAAUGGAUCACUAAAGCAGGCGAAGCUCUUGCAAGAAAUAAAAAAAUCAAAUCAAUUGUGUUUAAGCUAUUUUUGGUAGAUGCAAAAAAUGAAAAACUCAGCAAUGCUAUUGCUAGAAGCUUAAUGAGAAUGGAAAAUGUCACGUUUUAUGGUGCUGGUCUAGAUUUUUUUGAGUUGCCUAAGUGAGCGUUAUAUUGGAAAAUUGCUAAAGUUGAAAGUCUGUCAAUAAAGUUUUGCUUUUCAGAUAAAGCAUUUGAAUUAUUUUGUAAAGGAAUUGAAGCUAAUAUGUAUAUAUUAUUUUAAAUUAAUUUCAAAAAAAUUAUCAAUAUACUAUAGAUGCCCUCUUAAUUGCAAUGUUUUUUAUAUAUAAUAAAAAUUAAUAUAUAAAAGAGCUGAGUUUUAAAUAUUAUGACGUAGCCCAGCUAAAUCGUCUUGAAAAAGCCUUGACUAUAAACAAAGCAUUAAAAACCCUAAAUAUCUGCUUUGACCCGCGCCCCACAACUCCAGAAGAAGCCGAAAACAGUAAUGAAGGAACUUCAUAUGCUCCUUCAACCGCACAAUCAGCAAUAUCCCACAACUAUCUUCUUUACCAAAACGAAUCCAUCACAACUUAUUCUUUAUCUGGAUACCUUGAAAGUUACACCUCAGCACUUAUUGUAGGACUCUCAAAAAAUAACUGUAUAAAUAAACUGAUUUUAGACAGUCUUGAUCUGGACCGUGAAGCAGGACAAUACUGAAAUCAAAUGUUUAUGACAAAUACCUCUAUAUCAGAAAUCGAAAUAAAGCGAGGAUUCAAUACCAUAACUGCAAUGAUUAUUUUCCAAACUUUAAGACGCAAUAAAGGGGUUAAAGUUUUAAAGCUUCAUGAGUGUUCAUUUUUAGACCAAGGAAAUUACUUUAAUUUUUUUUAACAAACAAAUAAUUUAUUUUUUUUUUAAAAAAUAUUUUUAGAAGCAGGGUAUGCAAUUUUUAAAAAUUUAUUACAGGAAAACAGCACCUUACAAAGUAUUGAAAUUAAAGAAAUGCUGCAUAUUAGAACAGACCCAGUCACUCAGACAAAAAAUCUUGUUCAUGUAAUAGAAGGAUUAGCCUCUAAUAGCUCUAUUAAAGAAGCAUGUAUUGCAAUACAUAAAAGCGCUUUAAAUUUAGACCCAGAAGUAACACAAUAUAAAGGCGAAGAAUUACGGCAAUCCUUAUAUCGUUUAUUUUCUCAAAAUUCCUCUAUUAAUAUAUAGCGCUUUCCCGAGGAUGGCGCGGAAUGGCGCCAUCCUCGGGAAAGCCAGGAAGGCAUCCACACGGGAACUGGGAGUUCCACGUGUGGAUGCCAUUUUGACAUGUGGAAGUUUGGAUCCCACAUGUCAAAAAUGGCAUCCACACGUGGAACUCCCAGUUCCCGUGUGGAUGCUUAGUUGACUUUCCCGAGGAUGGCGCCAUUCCGCGCCAUCCUCGGGAAAGCGCUAUACUAAAAAUUGAGAAUAUCAGGCUUGGGAAAGAGGAAUAUAAAGCCAUUGCAGAAGGCUUACUCCCCCCCAUCCUUGAUCGAACGAUUGACUGUAAAAAUUCGUAAAAAUUUGGGAAAUUAACCCCCAUCCUUGAUCGAACGAUUUUCAUAUCAUGACAAUUUUUUUAUAUAUAUAAAAAUAUAUUAUUUAUCAAAAGCUUGGGAAGAUGUACAUAAUGAAGUUGUUUUCAAAAGUUUUGAGACGACAGAAAGCUGCGGAAUCAACUAUCCGAAGUGAUUUAGUUAUCAACCUACGCUUAAAAACUCAAUAAUCUAAUAAAAUAGAGAUUCUUUCAAAUUUUUAAAAAAAAAUUUAAUUUAAUAAGGAACAAAUUAAAAAUUUUAUACAGUUUAAAGGGAUAACUAAUAAAUCAAAAUAUUAAAAAAUUGGUAUUUUAUGAAAUUAAUUAAAUUUUUUGCUGUAAAAAUAAUUAUUAAAUACUCUUAACCCUCUUAUUUAAAAGUAAUAAAAAAAAAUAUAUAUAUAUAUAUUUUUAUUAUUUUUAUAUAAAAUUUUUUUCCCAAAAAAUUUUUUUUAUCCCCCAUCCUUGAUCGAACGAUGGCGAGUCGUUCGAUCAAGGAUGGGGGGGGAGUUAGCAGAAAACAGAACAAUAAGUAUUCUUUCGCUGUCAGGGAAUUUAAUUGAAUGGAAAGACUUAGAAAUGAUAUUAAUUAGUAUCAGAAAUAAUGAGAAUUUGGCAUCACUUGAUAUAAGCUCUAAUAAAAUUUAUCCUUGGAAUGAUUUGUGUAACCAGAGAGGGGUGGAGUUUGCGAAUGAGUCGCUAAAUUAUAUGGGAAACGUAUUUAGCUUGUUAGCAAGCUCAAAGUUGAAGAAUAUUAAGGUUAUUGCUUGGUUUUGGGAGUCAAGAAAGUAUCCGGAAAUAAUUGCAGAUGUGUUGUUCUCUGCAAAGCAAGUGAUAAAUUCUAAUAAUAGGUAA